AUGUCGAGGAAACGCAAGAGCUUGGACGAUCCAGACUACAGCUGGGAUGAUCACGAAAGCUGUAAGGGGUUGUUGGAUCAGCUGCAGAGCGAGCUGCAAAGCAGGGAGCUACAGGUUGCGCAGAGAGAAAAAGAUGUUGAACGUGAGACAGAGAAGCUGCAGGCACUACGUGCUGAGGCAACAAAGCUGUUUGAGGACCUAGUGCGACAACUUCCUGACAUCCGGGCCAGGGUGCAGCUCGCUGCUGGUGCAUCAAAUGAUGCUAAUCAGAGCGCUGCAUGCCCAUCUGCCCUUCCUCCGCUGCCUCGCAAUGCACAACCCCAGCAGCAGCCGGCAUCUGCACAGAGAAUCCUACCGCCCAAUGUGACAUCAGCAGCACAGCCGCACGCGGGGCAGAGGGCUACUGGCCCUCGGCCUGAACAGGCGCGGCCCCCGGAGCAUCCGCAGCAGGUACGGAGAAAUAUGGAAGAUGUCUGGGGGCCCCUCUUCCGAGGCCCCUCCUGGCUGGGCCCUCAGACGACGCCCUUGCAGAGCCCAGUUCCGCAGCCGCCAGAUGCGCCACACUGGGAGCAGCAGCGGCAGCACGCCACGACGAAUGAUGUGAGAAAUGUACGGGCCCCGGGCACCGUUCCCACCUCUCGGCCCGGCUCGGAGUCGGCGGCCGCAAAUGGCGCGCGGCCGGCACAAGAGCCCCAAUGGCGGCAGCAGCUGCAGCAAUUGCAGCAGCAGCAGAGCGAGAACCUCAGGAAGGGAUGGUGUCCGACACCUCCAAGGCCACUGAGGGCCGAGGCGGCCAAUUCGAACGGCGCGCCGGCGUCGGCGUUUGCCGGCGUUGACAUCCUGCGCGGAAUGCAGUUGCCUCGACAGCUGCAGGCUGGGCCGCGGCAGAACGGCGGCGGGCCGGGCAGCAGCGCCGGGCCGAUCGGCAACGGCGCACCAGCCGGCCAGACUGCCGAGAGAGGCUUGCCUUCCCAGACCGGGCGAGGGCGUGGGAGGGGCGGUCCCGCAAAGACUUUUGUCCCUGCCGCCAAGGGGCGCGCCCCAAUGGACGGCGGCGGCGGCCGAUACGCGCGGCGGGGCCGGGGCCGGCAGACGCCCGGCCGCGGGAUCGCCAGGGCUGAGACGGAUGGGGCUGCAGAUGGGGACAGUCUGGACGAGGCAGUGAAGAUGCUGCGCGCACAGACGGAGCCUGGAUCGGCAGCGCAUGCCAGCGGAAUCCAUGCAAAUGGCGCCAAUAGAGGCGCUGGCGGCAGGCCCCAAUUGCAUCCCAGCGUGCCGGCACACCCUGCUCUCCAGGCGGACGCACCGGCGCUGUUGAGCCUGCUGAAGGAGCAGAACAUCCUGCAGCAUAUGGCCUUGCUAGAGCCUGCAGCCCCUGACGAUGACGGCAGCACCGAUGGCGGCCCUAGCAAUGCUGCCCAGCUGACCGAUCUCUACGGCAAGGUGCACUCCAUCCUGGCCCGCAUCCUGACGCCGCUGACAGGGAAGCGCAGCAGUGAGCGCGAAAUUGACGCGGCCGACGGCGUGGCGGCCGGGGCCGAGGCGACCGGCGGCGCGGCGGCUGCGGAGCGGCGGGACCGGUACACGCUGUGCGCGCUGCAGUGCCUGAUCGAGGCUGCCGGAAAAUAUGGAACCUCGGUCGCGCCUGUGCGCUGGGGAUGGUGCCGGGAGCUGCAGGCGUUUGUGUUUGUGUUUGAGGCGGCCAACCGAAUUGUGGUGGAGAAGCCAGAGUAUGGAAACGCCUCCUACUUCUUCGACCUGGAGCAGCCGCUGCCGGUGGCCGCCCAGGUGCAGCGGCUGGUGGCGGUGCUGUCGGUGCCGGCGGUGACGCGGGGGGCGCUGCUGGCCGAUGGCGCACCUGAUCUGGCGCAGGGCCUCCCCCCGGCCGAUGCCGCCGUGCUGGCCGCCGCCGGCUGGACCCCCCAGUGCGGCCUGCGCGCGCUGCUCAACUUCUCCGGGGAGCGCAUCAUACACAGAAACACCAGGGCAACGUCCGAGGCUGAGACCUGGCAGUUGUACCGGGACAAGAUCAACAAGCUGCUGUCCCAGGGCGCAGCCGCCGGGCGUACCUUCAAGCCAGUCACAGGCGCCCAAACCUAA